UCCCCGCCCUCCGUCCUCUCUCCCCGCCCAUUUGCCUUCGUCCUGUCCGUCGCCCGCCCUCUAGGGAGCGACAGAACCGGGGCAGGGCUCUCUGUAAAGUGACUAUUCCCGCAUGUGUGACCCUGUGUUCUCUCUUCACCGUGUCCUUGCCUAUGGCGCCGUUCUCGGUGGAGUAGCCUUGUUUGCAUGGAGCCCUCUGUCCUUGUGUGGGUGAAGGGCCCAGUCGCGUGGCCUCUGGGGAUGUCCCCUGGCCCGGAUCCCCCCAGGUCCUCUCCCUCAUACCCACACAUCUCUCUGGGACCUGCCCCAGGGGGCGGGUGCAGUUCCCCCCACUGCCUCUGGGGGCGCCCGUGGUCCUUGGAUGGCAUCUCUGGUCCCUCCCGGCCGGUCUGCAGGAGUGCUGGCCCACGUCUCCCUCUGGCCAGUGGUUAAAGCCCCAUCUUGUUCUUUUUCUUGAACACAGGGUUGGACCCUGCAGCUGUGGCCUUCUUGGCGCUGUCCCCGGUGCCCCGGGUGGGUGAGCAGGACUCUGGGUCUGUCCGACAGGGAUGGUGCCUGCAUCGUCCCCCAGCCCGGUCAGCCCAGCGGCCUGGCCGGCCCCACAAGUGACGCCAACGUGGGAGCAGCCACCCAGGCCCCUCCCUGCAGGUCCUCCACGCUCGUCGGUCCUGGAGCCUGCAGACGUCUCACUGCCAGUGCUGGGAAGCAGGCCCUGGGAAGAUCGCGCAUUCCUGCCCGGGGUGCUCCUCGCUGCCGCUGCCAACCUUGAAGGCAGAGUGUGGAGGCAGCCCUACACACUUGGCACAUGGGCCUGGGAAAUCUGUGGGGCCUGUGACUCCAGGGCUUGCGGCCCUUCCUACCUCUUGGAAGCUUCUAGAUUCGUCAGGGCAGGGGGCGACAGUGCAGGCAAAGGAGAAGUGUGGCCCCCGGGGCCUGUUGGAAGCCAGGUUUGGGGGUGGUGGCGGCAGGUGCCCCUGCUCACGGACCCAGCGCUCUCCCGUCUUGAGGGGGGUCAGUGGCAAAGAUGUCCUGGUUCCUUCUCAGGUGGGUCCCUGACUGCCGCAUCUGCCUGUGGGCCGGGGUCGGUGAUCUCUGACCUCUCCACCCUCCACGGGGCUGUCCCCACUGCCACCGGCACCCCUUGUCUGGAGACCCAGGAGUGUGGGUGGAGCCCCAGGCUGAAGGCUGUGGGGAACCCGUCUGACCUGCCCUCCCCUCCCGGGGUGGUGCAGUGGAGCUCCCGAACGUCCGGGUUUGCCCGUGUGUCCCAACCCCUGCCUCUGCCACUUAUUGGCUCCGCUGGGGAGCCCGACGUGUUUGACAGGCCCCAGACAAGACGCAAGGAGAGGGGGCGGCGGUGUGGCCCGUGCACCCAGCCGGUGGGCAUGCCCGGGUCCCUUUAUAGUUUGAGGCGGGCCCUGGGUGGCCGUGCUGGGUUCUUGCCCACCACGGGGCCUGGCUCAUGGGGGCACUGGGGACGCCUCCUCUCCUCUGUGCCUGUGCCCGCCUCACUUCAGAACCUGCGCGGUGGGGCUCUGGAUGACGACAUUUGGUUCUUUGCAGGGGCCUGCGCUCCCUGGCAGGGCCCCGGACCUUGGGGUGUCCUGAGCCCCCCACAGCCUGGCUCGCUGUCCCUCCCCGCGGUCCCUUCCCUCUUGUUUCUUUUCUCUCUUCUCUCUGCUUUUCUCGAUAGAUGCACAUUCAGUGCUGCCGUGGGGGUGCUGGGACCGCACUGCCGGGGUCAGGGGUCAGGGCGCGGCCCGCGGGCUCCUGCUCGGUCUCCCGGGCUGAGUGGAGCUGGGGGCAGGGCUGCCGUCACAGGGGAGGUGUGGGGUCCCCGGCCCAGCCCACUGGCUGCUGGCAGAAGGCGGUUCUCGGCAGCUGGGGGCCUGAGGUCUCUGUUCUUGCUGACCGUCGGCAGCUCCCGGCCGGUGCCUGCAGCCACUCGGCGCCGGUCCGCCCCUCGGUCCUCAUCUCUGCACUCCAACCUGCCUGAUUAGGACAGGCCCACCCACUCUGGGGCUGACUGAGCACCUGCCGCCCACAGCCCCCAUGUCCAGGCCGCCUGUCCCGAGUCUUACACUUCAGAGCUUGGCCCCGUCCCUUUCCUGCCCCUGGAAAAUUCCCUGCUCUGGGAGGUUUGCCAGAAUGAAAGGGAUCGAAAACACUGGCAUGUGGGGGGUGGGGGCGGUCGGAUUGACUAAGCCGGAGAGUGGCCCCAAGUUGCCUGGCCACCCAAACUGCCCCGCCUUGCCUGGCCGCGCUGCGGAUUUCUCUGGCCCGGGUCCAGGGCUUCUGGUGCCAGGCAGCGGGGCAGGGGUGGGAAGGGGGCGUUCUGGGUCACCGCAUCACCCCACCUCGUCCGCAGCCUGGUGGCCCCGCCCCACGUCCGGGUUCCCCACGUGCUCAUCCUGCACUGCAGAGCGCCCUGUGGCUGGGGACGGGACUGACCCAGCUCGGGGUCACCGGCCCUCUGUGUGUCAGGGCGCCCUGGGAGCUCCUGACAUGAGCUGCCUGGGCCGCUCAGGGGGCGGGGGAACGAGCGGGGAACCGCGGGCUGGUGGCUGGCCCGGCUCUCCCCGUGGCGGGUUAGUUCCUGGGCUGGCUGCUUUCCCGGUGCAGAUUUUGAGCUAAUCUUUCCGGGGAGUGGAUCCUGCCUUUCAUGCCGCGGGGCCAGACCCCUCCUGGGGGCUGAGCCAGCUCACCUCGGGGAACCCCUCGGGCUCACCCCAGGGCCCCAUUUCCUUCGUGGCACUUGAGCGGCCUGGACCUUGCCCUCAUACCCUAGGAGGGAGGGUCACUGUCGCUCUUGGCAGCCCUCCAGUUCGGUAGAACGGCGCCGUCCUGCGAGAAGGCUCAGGGCCACCCACAUGUGGAGAAGCGUCCCCUGCCCAUUCUCCCUGCUGAGGUCUGAGCCCUGCACGCCCCACAGCUCCACUUCUGAGGGUCCCCUGUCCACGGGGCCACGCCCCACUUCUCUGAGUCCCACAUCCCCAAGGAAACGGGGCUUCCAGAUCAGCCCCGGCCCAAAGCGUUGUUCCAAAGCCCCUUUGCUCUGCACCGGUCUGAAAGGUGCCUCCUUCAAACCGACCUGAACCCUCUUCCGCAUCUUUCCUGGGCAGGAAGCAAACCCGGCUGUUUCAGUGUUGGUUGGACUGGGCCCUGGCGGGGUGUCCCUGAGUUUGGGUCGUGUGUGGGGGCUUC